CCUUGACAUUCCUACACAAUUUAACCAACCAUUGGCUCUCUCUUCUGACUUGCAGAACGUUUUUGAGUCUUUCAAUAAACAGAAUCUUUUUUUGCCCUAAAAGACAUGACCUCUCCUCAUAGUGUCGACAUGGGUUGUUCAUCACUCCAAGAAGAUCACAAAGUUUUAGUAGAAAAAGUGUGCCAAAUCUAUGACAAAAUUUCAAAGCUAGAAACCCUAAAACCAUCCAAAAAUGUCGACACUCUCUUCACAGAAUUAGUCCAUACUUGUAUCCCACCUUCUUCUAUUGAUAUCUCAAAUCUUCCAUAUAAUAUUCAAGAAAUAAGGUCUAGACUCAUUAGGCUUUGUGGUGAAGCUGAGGGCCAUUUAGAAGGCCAUUUCUCCAACCUUUUAGCCACUACUUUCUCAAACCCUGUUAAUCAUCUUGAUGUUUUUCCUUACUACUCCAAUUACAUUAAACUUACUCGUAUCGAAUAUGAUAUUCUCAUUCAAUACUACCCGGCUCAGGACAAUGGACCCCCGAAGCGCGUUGCCUUCGUGGGGUCUGGUCCUUUGCCGCUUACAUCAAUUGUAUUGGCUUCUUAUCAUCUCAAGGAUACAAUUGUUCAUAACUAUGACAUUGACCCUUUGGCGAAUUCUAUGGCUUCUUGCUUAGUUUCGUCCGAUCCUGACUUGUCAAAAAGGAUGGUCUUUCACACGAUCGAUAUAUUAGAUGUGACCGAUGAGUUGAAGGAGUAUGAUGUCAUAUUUCUUGCUGCACUUGUAGGGAUGGAUAUCGAUGAGAAGGUUAAAGUGGUGCAACAUUUGGCCAAGUACAUGGCUCCGGGCUCCAUCUUGAUGUUGAGGAGUGCUCAUGGGGCCCGAGCUUUUCUAUACCCGGUCGUUGAUCCUCAAGAUCUCCAAGGGUUUGAAGUUCUCUCAAUUUUCCACCCCGAUGAUGAUGUAAUUAAUUCGGUUGUGAUAUCACGCAAGUAUCCAAUCAUUCCAUCAAACAUUGAUGUUAUUCAUAAGCAUCAUCAUCAUCAAUUGGGGAUGGGAUCUAUUAUGCCUUCAAGUUGUAAGUAUUGUGAGUUCCAAAUGUUUAACAAUCCACUUAACCAGAUGGGAAUGAUCGAGGAUUUGGCAGUUGAUGAAUGAUCAACAAUUAAUCAUGAAGAAAAACUUGAUCAACUCAAUUUUACCCCAAAAAACCCUAUGUGAUGCUAUUGUUAAAAACCUUUAUAUAUAUGCAAUUGUCUAACAUUAUGUGAUUAGAUAUAAAUAUAAUUUAUGUUUGAUUUUUGAUGAAAUAAAAAAAGUAUUUUUAGGUUCUGAGAUGUGUCACUUAGCGGUAUAAUAAACUAGUCAUAGGCUCAAGAUUUGUCUUUAAAGGUGUAUAUGUAAGUUUCUUGUUUUUUGUUUUUGGUACUCAUGUAUAUGAUCGAUCGAGCUAGCUAGCUAAUAACCUCAUGACCUCAUCUAACUAAGUUAUCAUGUAUUUGUGGAAACACUUUCUGAUCGAUAAUAAUUCUUAAGGUUGUCAUUAACGUAUAUAAAAAAUUUAAACCUUUUAUAUCA